AUGGCACGCAUCACUGUCAUUCCCGCGCUUCCAAUGUUACCAAGCUCCCACAACACCUUGGAAUGGAGCUUCUCUUCUGAUCUGGAGUCAGAGAUAACUACCCUCGCGGGCUGGUGUCAAGUCAAGCAGCAACAGAGGGCGCCUCUCUCUUUUACCGUGGAUGGCAGUGAAGACAGUGUGGAUAAUUUGAUCGGCGAGACAGAAUGCACCAAUCUCCUCGCUCCACUCUCCUUGGAUGGCGACGCAGCAAUUAAAAAAGACUUUCUCGAUCGCCUUGCCGAGCUACUUUGCUACAAGAAAGACCCUUCAUUGAUCACCAGUACAGCGUUGCUUUAUACUGAGACAGAAGCAACCAUUGUGGCUGCUCGAAAUUCAACGUCUGAGAGGAAAACUUGGUCUGACAAAGAUAUCAACCUUCUCAAAUACUUGGUCGAAAUCCUCGAGAUAAUCUCGGCUGAUGACAGUUUCGAGCACGACCCGCUUCAAGCACUGCAAAGUACUUUGCUUGAUAGUUUUCCGCCAAGGAUGGUCAAAAUAUGGUCGUUGCCCAAGGAAGAGUUUCCAGUGACUACGAAGCUAGGACAAAGGUUCCAAGAAGAAGUGAAGAAGCGCAAGCAUAUCCAUGCCGAGAUGAUGCUCAUGGCUUACCUUGUCGGCUGUAGGGGUCUCAGCUCGGAAGUUUUCCCAUAUCUUGGGGUAAGCAAGAAGACGUGCCUUCUUUGUGGGCACAUGCUCCGGGAAGUGAACUUCUUCGAAACCCGAGGAAACCAUGGGAAGUGCUAUUCGCAAUGGACAUUUCCCCACACGCUACAAACGAAUCCUGAGGCCGCAGAGAAACUACAGUCGGCUAUUCAGCGCUUACGAGACAUUCUUCGUGGUGAGGUGAUAGAACGCGACGUACCUUACCGUGAUGCAGAGAAGGAGUCGGCGAUGGCUGUUCCUAUUUCGCCUACGUAUGAGAGAACAGUGACGCUUUUCAAUAGCGUGAUUGAAGACCCUAGACUUCUUUCAAGAGAGAGCGAGUGGCUAAGCAUGCCUCAAAAACGCGCUAGGGAAGCCAAUAACGGCAACAGAUCAGUUGAGCCUUUCCAUGAACAGGAUAGCGACAGUACAUCAGAAUGCGACAUCGAGAAAGCUGAAACUACAAGUCCAAAAUUCUGCGCUUUCUGUAAGGUCACCUCCAAGCCUACUUUUGUUUGUAACAAGUGUGGAGGUGCCGCCCAUUGUUCCAUCGAUUGCUACCGUUCCGAUUGGCAUCAACACAAGUUUUCCUGCAGGUUGGGAAGACCAGUUGACGCCACGGAUGAUUUGGUGCUCGCUUGUCAUACAAACAAAUUCCCCUCUGAUGACGACGUUUUGCACAAGUAUGGUUUUAUGUCUUUUACAUCUGGGUAUGAUCGGUGCAGGCUCUUCAAUCUUUACCGCCGGCUUGUAGUCCACUGGGAAAUUGACGAGGACGAGCUGCGUAGUGCGGUAAACAAUAAUAAGCUCAAAGAGAUGCUUAUAUGUCGAUGUUCGCAAACCAAGGAUCCUGACUUGCAGUGGCUUAAGAAUGUGGAGAGUUUUGAGGCUAAAGCCAAGGAGGGGGAACUGUCCACUCUCAUUGAAGCUGCUAAGAGAAAGCUAUUAAGUCCUGACGAAAACAAGGUACCAAUCACCGAACUUCAGCCUCUGGAAAAGCAACGAGCGCUUGUCUUCUAUGCACAGAUCCAAAAUGGAUUCAUGAUAGAUGUGGAUGAAGACAACUGGAUCUCAUUGGGCUUUUGCACGCGCACCAACUGCAACUCAGAACAGCAACUUGCUUGGGCAUACAAAUUGCUUAUCGCGCGUUGCUCACUCGAUGAGUUCUGGACCGCUAUGGCGGAGUCCAAGAUGGCGGAAUUAUUCUCAAAAUAUACACUCACCGGUCAGAUCUCACAAAUGCGCAAUUUCAAGGACCUCAAGGAUAUUGUAAAGAAGCGACAUCAGAGCGUGUGGGAGCUGAAACGAUUUACACGCAUGAACGCAGCAGAUCCGCACCGAGCCGUUGUAAACGACUACGGAUUCAUGAACUGCGAGGAUGCACGCCAACGCAUGCAGCUUCGAGAUAUAUACCAGAAAUACUUUGAAAGAGGCGAGAAUGAGAUGAAGCUUCAUGAGGCAUGCAUUUCUGGAACUCUAGGUAGCUUCCUCGAGUCGGUCUUGGGGAACCUUAGAGUGGGCAGAGACCUUUUUCGCAAUCCUUAUCCCUUGCAAAACUCCACCCUGAUGGGAAUGGUGACUGAUGUCGUUUUAGUGUGUACACAGUCUAUGUUGGACCAGGUGAAAGCCUUCAAGGAGGAUGGUCAGGAGUUAUUUGUCAUUCCGGAUACUAUGGAAGACGAGAUGAUGAGACACGUGCACGAGCGUGCUGCAUUUUUAGGUACAGGUGUGAGAAAGCGGUAUCGGUCUGGACUACAUGGCAAAAUUUGCGAGGAAUUGUCAUUCUAG